AUGGGAUCCCUGUCAAUCUCUACCCACAGAGAACUUGUCCACUGGCAAGGGCCCCUGCUGGUUGUUUUACUCUUAACAUUCUGGAGUCCACCCAGCACAGCUGAAGUCAGUAUUGUGUCCACCUUCACCGUGGAAGGAAAAGAUGUGCUUCUGCGUAUCCUCAAUAAGCCUCCUGAAAUUGUAGGCAUCGUGUGGUACAAGGGGCACACUGCCAACACAAACAACGUAAUUGCAUUUUUUGUCCUGAACCCAUCAGGUGAAUAUUUAAGUGGUCCUGGAAACAAUGGAGAUAUGAUAACUGAUGAUGGAUCCUUGCUGUUGAAAAAUGUGACCAUAAAGGACACAGGAAUGUACACCGUACUGGUCCAUCUUCCAGGUCAAGAAAAAGACAUAGCAUCUGGGCUGCUUUAUGUGUAUGAGCGUAGAAAAGGGCCCGGCCUCCGAGCCAGCAGGUACUGGGUAACAGAGAAUGAAGAUGAGGUGGCCUUGACCUGCUACACAACUGGUCUCUCCAUCCAGUGGCUGUUCAAUGACACGGAUCUGAAUUUCACAAACAGAAUGCAUCUGUCUGAAGAUAGGAAAUUACUCACCAUAGACCCAGUCAAGAGAGAAGAUGCUGGGGUUUACAAAUGUAUAGCCAGUGACCCCUUUAGGAGGACUGAAAGUCAUCCCCUUGAACUGCAUGUGCUACAUGAGUGA